AUGUCGACCGUUCAGCUCUCCUUCUCUCUUCGCGUUUCUUCUGGCGUCAAGUCCGUCCAUUUGCUUGGUUCCUGGGACAACUACGUCGGCCAACUCCCGCUCUCCAAGGACAAGUCUUCCUCCAAGUCCGGUUCGUGGAAGGGCACCUUCAGAUUUCAGGGCAAUCUCGAGGCUGGUCAGCGCUACUGGUACUACUACAUCAUCGAUGGGUACCAUGUCUCGCACAACCCCAGUGAGGCUUCGACCGUCGAGCCCACUACCGGCCGAGAAUUGAACAUUCUUGACGUCCCCAAGGACAAGUCUUCCAAGUCUUCCAAGUCUCACAGCUCCAGCAAGAGCUCGUCGAAGCACUCCUCGUCAAAGGACUCCAAGCACAGAUCGUCGAAGCGUGGCUCCCUCGCCGUCGACAUCCCCAAGGGCCGUCCUCUCUCCACAUCGCAGAUCAAGGCACCAAAGCCAAUUUCUCCCCAUGCUACCCGUCACAUCCUCGAUGCUGACUACUGCGACGAGGGCACCAUCGACGAGCUCACCGCCCGCUUCGGCAGCACUGGCUUCGAGGAGGAGUACAUCAACGACUUCUCCAGCUCGCCCGUCUCUUCCAGCGGCUCCAGCCUGUCCUACCGCUCCGACAGCUCCUCGCCAAGCUCAUCGCUCUCCGGCUACAGCACUCCCAGCUCCGACUGCAGCAACUGCACCUGCGAGCGAUACGGCAUCACCCGCAAGGGCGACCGUGUCAAGAUCGACUGCGGUGGUGCCCGAUGUGGCUACAGCGAUUCCGAGAGCUGCUCCAGUGGCGACGAGUCCGAGGAGGAGUACUACUCGCACAGCGCCCGCCGCAACGGCAUGGUUGUGCGAGCGUGA